UUAACACGGUGAUGAGGAAAGGACGGCUCAUAGAAACUGAGGAAGUGUGAAACUGAGACAUAGAGAGUGGAUUUGAUUUGUUAAGUUUACCUUACUGCUGUGGACCUGACGAAACUUCGCUUGUGGAAAUCAGAGCAUAUUAGAGGAAUCAUCUGAGGAUUUUAUUGCGCAGUGGAUGGAUUGAACCGAAAGCCUUCGCCAUACUAUGGACUUUCUUUAACAGCUCAGCAAUAAACACCCUCACAUCAAAGCUGGAAAUGAAUCCAGGCACUUUGUGGCUGUGUUUGUGGACCUUAGGGAUUCUUGCUGCUUCCUGUCCAGGCAAUGGACAGUGUGUGGAUGGCAUCGCAAUCAAUGUGAUCCUACUGGAGGAUGAGGAGUCUCCCUGGAGCCUGAAGUAUGUGGGAGAAGAAAUACGAGAAGCCAUGGAGAAAGAUUCAGCCAUUAACGCUGCGGAAGGUAUGGACUUCAAUCUCACAGUGAAUUUUGAAGGGUUGAACACGACUCUCUACCGCAAAAGAGGGUGCAUGAGUAGUCCGUGUGAGGGAGUGGAGAAGCUGAAGAAGCUAUUGUUUUUUGGCAGGCUGGGGUGCGCAGUGCUCGGACCUACCUGCACGUAUGCCACAUUCCCAAUAGUUGAUGGGGAAAAAGGGUUUAACCUCAGUACACCCAUCAUUUCAGCGGGAAGCUUCGGCCGCUCCUGCGACUACGCGGUCAACCUGCUGAGGGUUCUGCCCCCGGCACGCAAGAUCUCUGACUUUUUCAUCCACUUCUUUCUGCACAAAAACAAGAUCAAGCCAUCGUGGGAUACAGCCUACAUUAAGAAAAACACAAGUGACGCCGAAGAUUGUUGGUGGUAUAUAAAUGCACUCGAGGCUGAUGGCAUGUUUGCUGGGAAUGUUUCUCGGACGAUGCUGCGUAAUUACAAGGAGGCGGUAGACAUGCUCAACUCACCGGAAAACAGGUCGAGCAACGUGAUCAUCAUGUGUGGCUCACCGAUGGACUUGUUGCAAUUGAAAAAUGGCUCCCAAGUAGCAGAUAGCAGUGAUAUUGUCUUCAUCCUCAUCGAUCUUUACAAUGAUAUAUACUAUACCAACAAGUCGUCAAUGCCAGAGAUGAGGAACGUGUUGGUGGUGACCAUGCCCGACACCAGAGAAUAUGUCAUCAAUGCAAACCUCUCAAACAAUAACACGAUGAAUGAUUACAUGGCUGCGUACCAUGAUGCUGUCCUGAAAAUAGGCGAUGUGAUGAGAGAAAUCUCAAAAAAGAAUCAGUCGGAGAUCCAAGAGAUGGAGUUUGUGAAUGUGAACUAUUUCAGGAACACAUCCUUUCGUGGACUUGGUGGAUAUUACAAGCUGGACUCUCAUGGAGACAGAGAUGUGAAUCUCACUGUCAUUUACACCACUACAAAUAAUAAGUACAAGAUUUUAUUCACCUUCGACACUGAAUACAACCGAACAACGGUGGUGGACCCAGAUCCUUCCUUCAUCUGGGGAAAAAGACUUCCUGAGUCCCAACAAGAGAGAAACCCUGACAGCAGUUACAUCGUUGUGGGCGUGUUGGCCGUUACAGUGGUUGUAGUGGCCACCAUCGCCUUCAUCUUCUACAGACAGAAUAGGAAAGAUCGGCAACUCCGGAAGCGCUGGUUCCACAUUAACUCUGACCUCAUCACGCUCCUGGAGUACAACGAGCACAAUGUUAUCUCCCUUAAGAUAGAGAACGAGAGGAAGCAAAAACUGAAGAUCCGCCGUGCACUGUACGAUAGAAAGAUUGUAAUUCUGAAGGGGCUGGAACACUUUGAUGGGAACUUCAGUGAAGCCCAGAGGAUAGACCUUAACGCGCUUCUGCGUAUCGACUUUUACAGCCUCACUAAAUUUUAUGGCACGGUGAAGUUCGACCAGGGCGUAUUCGGCGUGUUUGAAUACGGCGAGAGGGGGUCGCUCAGGUAUGUGCUGAAUGACAAGGUGUCAUUCCCGGAGGGGACUUUCAUGGACUGGGAGUUCAAGAUCUCCGUCAUGUAUGACAUCGCCAAGGGCAUGUCCUAUCUCCACGCCAGCGACAUCCAGGUGCACGGCCGCCUCAAGUCCACCAACUGUGUGGUGGACAACCGGAUGGUGGUGAAGAUCACAGACUUCGGCUGCAACGCCUUCCUCAGCCGGGGCAAAGAUCUGUGGACAGCUCCAGAGCACCUGAGGAAACAGGGCACCUCCCAGAAAGGAGACGUGUACAGCUUUGCGAUCAUCUGCCAGGAGAUCGUUCUCAGGAAGAGCACCUUCUACACAGAGUCCUGCUCCGACCGAGCAGAGAAGCUGUCCAGGGUGAUCUCAUCCUACUUGAGGCCGGAUCUUAACUUUGAGACAGCUUCCGAGAAAGAGUUAGAGGUGUACGCGUUGAUAAAAAGCUGCUGGGACGAAGACCCAGAAAAAAGGCCCGACUUUAAGAAGGUAGAAAGCUGCCUGGGAAAAAUCAUCAGUAAAAUUCAUAACCAAGACAAUGAAAGCUACAUGGACAACAUGAUCCGAAGGCUGCAGAUGUACUCCAGAAACUUGGAGUACCUGGUAGAGGAGAGAACGGCCCUGUACAAGGCGGAGAGGGAUCGGGCCGACUAUCUCAACUUCAUGCUGCUUCCUGGCCCGGUGGUCAGGAGCCUGAAGGAGACUGGGGUGGUGGAGCCAGAGCUGUACGACGAGGUGACCAUAUACUUCAGCGACAUCGUGGGCUUCACCACCCUGUGCCAGUACAGCACGCCCAUGGAGGUCGUGGACAUGCUCAACGACAUUUACAAAGGCUUCGACAGCAUCGUCGACCACCACGACGUGUACAAGGUAGAGACUAUCGGCGACGCCUACAUGGUCGCCUCCGGCCUGCCGAAGAGGAACGGAAACAGGCACGCUGUGGACAUCUGCCGCAUGGCGCUGGACAUCCUGGCCUUUAUGGGCACCUUCCAGCUCCGGCAUUUGCCUGGCAUACCUGUGUGGAUACGCAUCGGAGUGCACUCAGGCCCCUGCGCAGCGGGUGUCGUGGGGAUAAAGAUGCCCAGAUAUUGUUUAUUUGGAGACACGGUAAACACCGCGUCUCGUAUGGAGUCAACGGGACACCCUUUGCGGAUCCACGUCAGCGAGCCUACUAUAAAUAUCCUCCAAAGGACGUACUGCAUGUUCGAGUAUGAGAUGAGAGGAGAAACGUAUCUGAAGGGUAAAGGCAUGGAGACAACUUACUGGUUGACAGGAGAAACUGGGAAAGACUACGACCUUCCUGCUCCACCCACGACUGAGAACUUCCAGCGCCUGCAGCAGGACCUCGCCCACAUGAUCCUGGCGUGUCUGGAGCGCCGCUCCCGGGGCUCCGUGCGGAGAAGGAAGUCGGGCUCAGGCGAGUCUAAGGAGGAUGGCGAGGAUCUGGGAUCCGAGGCGGAAUCUGACAACGGCCAACCCGAGUACCUGCAGAUGGCCACGGUGGACAACACGCUCAGCACUUUCCUGUAGGGCAAACCUCUGUGGAAAGCUUCAGCGUCAACAUCUUUCGGGCAAUUGCACUAAAAGAGCUGCGAGUUAAACGUUAGGCACGAGUAAGAACGUAGGAACUGCGAGGACCCACUUCUUUACACUUUAACCCGCAUUUGUGGUUGUGAGUGUAGAUUUUUGGCUAAAAGGCAUGCUUUUUCUUUCUUUUUAAUAAAAACAUCAGGAAAUAUUUUGCUACUCACUAAAAGAACAAACUGCCAAAAGCAGGGGUGUGAUGCUGAUAGACAACCAACCAGGGACACAAUCCUUCUAUUUUAUUAGAAAUGAAUGUUUUCCACCCUUUUGAGGCCAAACCGUGGCCGCUGGAGCAUCAUGUCCCCAGAUAUUGCCUAAAUAAUGACAUGGACGCAUCCUGCAGUAGAUUCAUGCUCUUUUUAAACAUCUGCCUGGUUUGGCUACAUGUAUGUUAUGUUCAACAUGUCUGGAGACACAUGUACAGCUCCAGCCACCUUACAAAUGAUGACCCCCUGUUCACCCUGGAAGUCGUUAUCUUAUUAGUAUUGAUUUCUUUCUUGCAAAGUGAGUCUUUUACGCAAUUGUUAGCAUCUAGCACUCAUCUCUUGUGCUGUGCUGGAGCACAUGCAAACAUCACUGCCAUGGACGUCAUGGGGGAGGACCACAGGCCUGCUCUCAAAUGCAGACUAAUCGUUGUACAGAAGGCACCAGGUGCCAGUUCAAGGCAAACCGUGGGCUCAUUGUUAUCAGUGAAACAGAGAAUCGACAACAGAGCAUAUAUUAAACCAAAGAACAGUGCUUUAUUUUUGCUAGCAACAGUUGACAAUAGUCUAAUGUAAAUAAAAUAAAAUAAAAAUUAAAUGAAAAAAAGAAUUCCCCUCCUGUCACUUUGUUGAAGAUGUCAAAUGUUGCACAGGUCCUGAUGAGACACGGUUCAAUGACAUAAAAAAACACAAAAAAACAAACAAAAAAAACUAAACUCACAGAGCAUUUCUUAGAAAUUGUACAGUUAAUCUGAGGCGUUACAAUUCAUGUGUCACAUUGUUUUGUAUCAUGUUACAGACAAAGUACGUCAAGGCUCUGUGGAGAGCAGAUGGCAGAAAACUCUAGCAUCAGAGUCGUUUUCUAUCCACGUCAUAAUGACCAGUCUAAUGUUUUUGCAAAGAAUAAUGAAAGUGCACUGCUAGGUAGACCAUUCCUGCAUUAAAUACUAUGUGAAAACACACCGUCAUACAUCAGAAAUCACAAAACAAAAUUCAAUUGUGGAUCCUGCCAACGAAACUAGAAUAGUGGACAUGCAAAUGGAGAUUCCCAAAAUUAUUUUUCACCUUAGAAUAGAACUUUAAUAUGCUGCCCAUCUCUACAAACUUGACAAUAACCUAUACUUCAGCAUAGUAGAAAAAACAGAACUUACCCGCCCCAAAAAAAUAAGCUCAAACACAUACAAGAGAAACCUUGUGAAAUAAUAUACCAAAAAAAUUGUUUAAAAAAGAUGUUCAGUUCAUACAAGACAGUUCCCAACUUCUACGUGCUUCACUUCACACACAAACACACACGCCCGCACACACACACACACACAGCUGCUUGUAGUGCAUAUUUACUCUCCACCUUUACUUGAACACCACAGAGGAAGUCAUUUACACAUAUAACUGAGACGAUAAACUAUCCAUUCUUUCACAAAGAAAUUAAAACCAUUAAAAAAAAA